UCCCGUCAUUAGUGUCAAAAGUAUCAAAAAUGGCGGCGGACGGUGACGAAGUGAUUAGUGAUCAGGAAAAAGUUAGAAUUGUUUCGGAUUUCAUCCUUCAUUCGCCACCUGGGGAAUUCAACGAAGUAUUUAAUGAUGUGAGGGUCCUUCUUAACAACGACAGUCUACUCAAGGAGGGCGCCAGUGGGGCGUUCGCGCAGUACAACAAGGAUCAGCUCACGCCCGUCCGCCUCGAGGGCUCGGAGCUCCACACUUUGAUUACCGAUCACAACGAGCUCGGUGGCGGUAGAUUCUUCGACCCACGGUCAAAGACAUCCUUCAAGUAUGAUCAUUUACGUAAAGAAGCGUCCGAUUACGAACCGUACGAGCCCGACAAAGUGGCGGAGCCCUGGCGGGCGGCGCUCGACGAGGAGCUCACGGCGUACGUGGCCGCGCAUUACAAGCACGUCGCCAGUCUAGUGGUCGGUCGUGCUCUAGAGUCUGGCGGCGUUUCACUAGUGGCGUGCAUCGAAGACCAUCAGUUCCAGCCGAAGAACUACUGGAACGGGCGGUGGCGCUCCGUGUGGACGCUGACUGUGGGAGCGGGCCCGGCGGAGCUCCGGGGCAUGCUCCGCGUGCAGGUGCACUACUACGAAGACGGGAACGUCCAGUUGGUGAGCUCGAAGGAAGUCCGUGCGCCCCUGGUCGCGACAGGGGAAGCUGCGACCGCGAAAGAGUUCGUGCGACUCGUGUGCGACGCUGAAAACGCUUAUCAAACAGCAAUUUCUGACAAUUAUAAGACUAUGAGCGACACCACCUUCAAGGCGCUCCGACGACAGCUGCCGGUGACGCGCAGCAAGAUCGACUGGGCCCGGCUCGUGUCGUACACCAUCGGCAAGGAGCUGAAGAGCCAAUGAUGUCCCGCCGCUGCGCUCUGAGCCGCAGCGGCCGCUCCACGCCUCUGUACAUAUUUGCAUAAGAGUAAAUCAUGUUCAAAUGUUUAUGGGCACUGGGGCUUCCUGCUCCCAUGUGUGUAUUUAUCUAUGAGUAUAUAGAGAAAUCGCUAUCAUAACUGUUAAAUUUUAUUGCAUUUUGUUACUCUCAGUACAGAAGGAUUAUAAUGGUGUCAAAUCUCUGAAGUGGCUGACAAUUGGACAGAUCUUUUGCUUACUGAAAGGGACAGUUCAACAAUUUGUGUCCAUUUUUGUUGGUAGCGUUGCAAUUAUAAAGUAAUAUUGUACUUAGGUGUGGACCUGCUCUAGAGCAGUUUAAGAGGUCUGUAGCAGAUUCCUAUGACUGAAACAGCAGUUUGAAUUAUUUAUUUGCUUCCCAAGAGCGGACGGUUGUGUAAGCAAUGUAAUAAAAAAGAUUAUUUUUAUUUCACUUUUUGAUUUUAAAAUUAUGCAUGUCAAUUAGUGUAAAAAGUAUAACCCAUAAAAAUCUAUAGUUUUACGUAAAAGAGAUUAUUACAAUCCAUCCAAAAUUGAGUUCAUUCAUUUUAAAUCAGUAUUAUUUGUAUCUUGAAUAUUGCUUGCAUGACAGUGAAUUUAUGUGAGAAUUGAACAAGAAAGGUAUAAGGGAUGUUUCCCAAUGGUGCAUUUAAAAUGUAGUUAAUUUAAUAAAAUGUCCACGUACCUAGCUUUAAUGCAGCGUUUAUGAGCAUAGCACAAUAUAUUCAAUAUUUUUCAAUUUACAAAAACAUUUAAUUGUCGCAUUUUGCUCAAACGUAAUCUAUGUAACUCA